UUCAGAGCCGUGGCAGACUAGUGGACUAUAAGAUUCAGAUAUGUCCUUCAUAUUUGACUGGAUUUACAGUGGUUUCAGUAGUGUAUUACAAUUUUUAGGACUGUACAAGAAAUCAGGCAAACUAGUGUUUCUUGGACUGGACAAUGCUGGAAAAACUACGCUGCUGCACAUGCUCAAAGACGACAGACUGGGACAGCAUGUCCCCACGUUACACCCCACUUCAGAAGAGCUGACAAUUGCUGGUAUGACUUUCACUACCUUUGAUCUGGGUGGACAUGCUCAAGCUCGCAGAGUGUGGAAAAACUAUCUGCCUGCUAUUAAUGGCAUUGUAUUCUUGGUGGACUGUGCAGAUCAUGAAAGAUUGCUUGAAUCAAAAGAAGAACUUGAUUCACUAAUGACAGAUGAAACUAUUGCUAAUGUGCCUAUCCUAAUUCUUGGUAAUAAGAUUGACAGACCUGAAGCCAUCAGUGAAGAGAGGUUACGAGAGACGUUUGGUCUGUACGGUCAGACAACUGGAAAGGGCAGUGUGCCGUUGAAAGAACUGAAUGCAAGGCCGCUAGAAGUGUUUAUGUGCAGCGUGCUGAAGAGACAAGGCUACGGAGAAGGAUUUCGUUGGAUGGCACAGUACAUUGAUUAAUGCCAAAAUCACAUUAGUACAUUCUGUCCUCCCAUGUCUGAAUAUUAAGUCUGCUCCUUUUUGAUCACUCAGUGUACGUAACUUGAAUUCAUUUGACUGUUUAGUUAUAAAAACAUGUUUUUAGAUAAUUAUAUCACCCAUGCUAACUUGUGUGAGGAUUGAAAAAUUAUUUCGAGCAGGUUUGUAAGUUUAAGUACCGCAACAUGUUAGCUUUCUAAUCCCAUACGACGUUCUUUUGCAACUUUUAAUUUAACAAGUCUCCAGCACCAUUUUUUGAGAGCAACUUUCCAGUACAGUAUGUUUGAAUGCACUUUUUAACAGCUAAAAACUACAGACAUGUGAAAAAUAUUUAAUGCUUAUCAUGUUAAAUUUUUUUAUGUACUUUUUUGAGACUGGUUUUAUAACUUUAGAGUAUAUAACCACCUUUCAAGGAAUAAUAAAUAAUUAGCUGAUGGAUAAUUGCAUGAUGCCUUACAGUUUUCAAUAAUAUACUUUCUUAUGCAACGUCAUGCAAUAAAUUUAAAUCCAUUUUUUCGCAUCUUUAA